AUCUGCAAACAUGUUCUGUCUUAGCGAGAUGGAAGAUACAGUAAGAGUGCCUCCGGAUCUCCUUAAGCUCCCACUCGAAGUUGCCAUUAAGAAAGUGCUUCAAAAGUUAUUAUUGAACAAGGUUCUGUCAAUUGGCCUCUGCGUGACUAUUUACGACAUAAAAUCAGCAGAAGGAGGUUUUGUCUUACCCGGUGAUGGUCCUGCCACCUACAAGGUACGUUUUAGAAUUGUAGUGUUUCGUCCAUUCGUUGGUGAGGUCAUUGCUGCAAGGUUCAAAGAAUCUGAUUCCAAUGGCUUACGCUUGACUCUUGGAUUCUUUGAAGAUAUAUAUGUGCCUGCUCCACUCAUACCAAGACCUAACCGCUGUGAGCCUGACCCUUACAAUAGGAGUCAAAUGAGAUGGGUGUGGAUAUUUGAAGAACAAGAGUAUAUUAUCGACCAUUCAUGUCAGAUCAAUUUUAGAGUUGAAAACAUUAGCUAUCCACCUGUUCCAACUGAGCAAGCAGAGGACGCAAAGCCUUUUGCUCCUAUGGUGAUCACUGGGACUAUAGAUGAUGAUGGUUUGGGCCCUGUUUCUUGGUGGGAGGGUUGUAGUGAGAGGAAUAAUGAAGAUGAUGAUACAUGAACCAAACUUCUUCAAACUAGUAUGUUUUUCUUAACAUAAGAAGUUGAGAUUAGAUUCCUUGCCCAUUAUACUAGGAUUAGAUUCCUUAAUUUGAUUUUAUCAGUGUAUGAAGAGAAAAGACAAAAAAGUAUUGAAUAUGGUAAAAAUAUUUUUCUUAUC